AUGAAGGACCUAGGACAAUACCUCACAGAUGCCUAUGGAGCAUGUUCUUGCGAACCCACCCCCUCCAUGAUAGGCUGCCACCACACGAAUGUCUUCGGUCCAAGGUCCGCCCCGGGAAGACCUCAGCUCAAGAAGGGUCAGGAAAAUAACGUCCUCGUCUACUCGGGAUGUUUCAAUCCGCCGCACCUGGGCCAUUACAACCUUCUCCGACGGGCAUUCGAAGGCAGCCAAGACCUCAACGUCAUCGUCGCCAUCAUAUACCCGGUCAGCACAACAUCACUGGCUCACAAGUGCCGAAGGAGACGUCAAUGGCUUAUGUUCAAGAUGGCCGACCGCUACUGGGUUCACGACGGUGGCAGGGACAAAUUUGAAGAUAUGUGGUAUCGUGUUCUGGAAUCAGUCAAACGAGACGGGUUCAAUCUCAAGUUCAUUGAGGUAGUGGGGCCAGAUCACAUCGUGCCCACGCGUGUAUACGAGCCCUAUGGAUGGAAUUUGCCUGGACUUCACAGAACCAUCAUGAGCAAUGCAGGGAGACCGUGUGAUCUUCUCAAACUGGGAGGAAAACUCGAUAAAAUGCGCGGUUAUGGGUCAUGGGAGAAUGCCAUUGACUAUACCAAAGUUGCGAACCCGAAAAGCGGCUAUGCCAAGUCGGAGGUGGCCGAGGAGAGAGCCAUUGACCGCAAGUCUUCCUUCGACUCGCUCUUGCUUUUAUCGACUGUCCAGGCCCCUGAGCAGCCUCAUGAAGCAGGUGAUCACAAGAGAGGCACGAGCAUGGAAUCAGUCACCGACGCCAUCUCCGAAUCGCACAUAUCAGCAGAUGACGACAAGGGAGAAGUCAAGAUGGAAUCCGGCAACGACACUGUUCCUGGGGGAGAGAGAAUCAAAGUCUGCCGACGGAUUGGGGACUCGGAAACCUGGGUUCGUUUCGUUCCAGCGGGUACCGCGCCCUUGACAAUCAGCUCGACGUGGAUUCGACGUUUUCUGGAAGGGGGUUUUCUCCAGGACAAAGCUCUGAAGGAAGUCAUUCCGGAGCGAAGAGUCAUGGAGGAUGAGGCUCUUGGAGUUGUCAAGGUGAUGGUCUUGCACCCGGAGGUGCUGGCAAGAAUUAUGUUCCAACGAUAUGGAGUUGCAGGGCUUGAUGAACUUGAGAGGGAAUCGGACUGAGUAUAAUCAGAGAGACAACGGGCUUGAAACUAUAGGAUGAUCGAAGCUUCCCUCAGCAGAUCUUCGAUUAUACGGCAACAACCUGGCACUUCGCGCAGUAUCUUCUGAGGUAAGGCUCUUUUCUGGAAUUCAUGACAUUGCUAUGAGAAUGAUUCUGCCCUGUUCCUCUUCGUCUUUCCUCGAAACAUGUGGCCAACAAUAAAUUGUUCGAGCUGAUUAUAAUGAUUCUCGCUAAGAAGCACCUAUUUGAUGCAUUUUCCGCCCUUCUGAGAAAGACCUACAAGAACAAG